UUGAGUCCGUCAUUGUUCCACACCAAGUCAAUUCUUCUUCCCAUACAAUCUCUCUCUCUCUCUCUCUGCCUCACACAUAUUUGUUCAUCAAUGGCGACAUCGAGCCACCAUCGUCUCCUCCUCCAAUUGUCAAUCCUCCUCGGCCUUCUCGCCCUCUCCGCCACCGCCAGACCCGGCCGCCACUUCCACCCCUGCAAAACCCUAAUCUUCUUCUCCGCCUCCUCCUCCUCCUCUUCCUCUGACUCCCUCGAUCAAAACCCUAAUUUCUCCCCCCAAAACCCCUCCAUCACCGUCUUCUUCACCGAAAUUCGCGAGAUCCACCCCAAACCUACCACCUUCGUCUCCUCCUACCCUACCGUCAUCGUCGAUCGCGCCACCGUCGAUGAUGUUGAAGAACACGACGACAAUCGUCCCCUCCCUUUCGGACUUUACUCCUCUUCCUUUCGCGAUCGCACCAAGGAUAUUCUUAGCGUAGUCGGCUCUCUCCUCUUCGGCGUCGGUUGCGGCGCUCUCACCGCCGCCACUCUUUACUUGAUUUGGUCUCUCUUUGCCCCUAACCGAUUCGAUUUCCGUGAUUCUGAUGGUGAAUUCGAUGAUGAUGAUGAUGACGAUGACGAUGAUGUCAACCCUAAGAAGAUCGGGACCACUCAAGUCGGA